AUGUUUUUCAAGCUACCCCUUGUACUUGCUCUUGGCAUCCCCAGUGCUUUGGGGGCCCCCUCUAAACGACCGGAGAAGGUCCAAUAUAUUGAUUGGAAGUCUUUCAAAGCAUAUGGCGUCAACCUAGGCGGCUGGCUUGUCCAGGAAUCGACGAUCGACACACACUGGUGGGACACCUAUUCGGGGGGUGCCUCCGAUGAAUGGGGUCUGUGUGAAAACCUCGGUUCCCAGUGUGGACCAGUACUCGAGCAGCGCUACGCAAGCUGGAUCACCACUUCCGACAUUGACAAAGCCGCUAAAUCCGGUGUUACACUUCUACGCAUUCCGACAACCUCCGCAGCUUGGAUCAAGAUUCCUGGCUCAAAACUCUACUCCGGCAACCAGACUACCUACCUGGAGAACAUCGCGACAUAUGCUAUCACGCGCUAUGGAAUGCAUAUAAUUCUCGGCGUCCAUGGUCUCCCUGGUGGCAUCAAUGGCCUGACUAUUGGCGAAGCUGCCGGUCAUUGGGGCUGGUUCAAUAAUCAAACCAACUUCAAUUAUUCUAUGCAAGUCAUGGAUACCGUCAUCGCGUUUAUCCAGAACUCUGGCCACCAGGAGUCAUACACCCUCUCGCCCAUCAACGAGCCGGCCGAUAAUCACGAUCUAUCUGUUUUCGGAACCUCUGCCGCUCUCUCUGAUGCAGGUGCCGUUUGGGUCUUAAAGUAUAUCCAAGCAGUGCUUGAUCGUGUCGCUACUGUGAAUAGAAAGAUCCCCAUCAUGUUUCAAGGCAGUUUCAAGGGCGAGGAAUAUUGGUCUGGGAAUUUUUCUGCCAGUGAGAAUCUGGUAUUCGACGUGCACAACUAUUACUUCCAAGGCCGCAACACCACAUCUCUGAACGUACCGUCUUAUAUCUGUACCGAUGCUAAGGCGACCCCCGGUGACGAGAAGUUUCCCACUUAUGUCGGCGAAUGGUCUAUUCAAGCGCUAUACAACAAUAGCUUCGCUCUGCGCGAGCGCAACCUGAACUACGGUCUGAGUGCGUUUCACAAAUAUUCGCAUGGCUCGUCGUACUGGACUUGGAAGUUCUCUGGUAAUGCUACCGUUGAUGGACAAGGGACACAAGCUGACUACUGGAGCUACGAGGGGUUGAUUGAUCGAGGGUAUUUCCAUCCCAAUGCUAGCAUUGUGGAACAUUGCACUUGA